GGGGAGUAGGUUAGGUACACCAAACCCAGUGCCCUAAGAUCUUCAGCUUCUAGCGGCUGCUCGCUGAAUCCGCAUGUAACCCAUUUUAUCCAGCUCCCUGUUUCUCAGUCGCAGGGCAUGUACAGGGUGCACUGAACUAAUUCUUUUCGCUUACUUGUUUUCUUUUCAUCAUUUUAAUUUGUGUGAUCAUUCUCGCCCAUUAUGGCGAACAUAGAGAACAGGCAGGUCAUAUUUAAAAAUUUUAUAGAUCGAGCUCCUCAGGAUACUGAUCUCGAACUCAAAGUUUCAAAAAUCGAGCUGAGGGCUCCCUCAGGAUCAGGAGCUCUUCUCGUUAAGAAUCUCUACCUCUCUUGCGACCCUUAUAUGCGGGGUCGCAUGCGUGAUUUCCACGAAUCUUAUAUUCCACCCUUUGUUCCUGGUCAGGCCGUUGAAGGAUUUGGUGUAUCUAAAGUUGUACAUUCCGAUGAUCCAAAUUUCAAGCCUGGUGAUUUGAUUUCGGGGAUGACCGGCUGGGAAGAGUACAGUUUGAUAAAAAAGACUGAGCAGUUGAGAACAAUUCAGCUAGAUGAUAUUCCUCUCUCGUACCAUGUGGGUCUUCUUGGUAUGCCAGGAUUCACUGCUUACGCAGGAUUCUAUGAGGUCUGCUCCCCCAGCAGAGGAGAGCAUGUUUUUGUAUCAGCGGCUUCAGGUGCAGUCGGUCAACUUGUUGGCCAACUUGCUAAGUUGCAUGGAUGCUAUGUCGUUGGAAGUGCGGGCUCAAACCAAAAAGUCGAUCUUCUGAAAAAUAAACUUGGAUUCGAUGAAGCAUUUAACUACAAAGAAGAACAAGACUUGAACGCAUCUUUAAAAAGGUAUUUCCCACAAGGCAUUGAUAUCUACUUUGAUAAUGUCGGCGGCGAAAUGCUCGAUGCAGCUCUCGUUAACAUGAGAAUUCACGGUAGGAUUGCCGUUUGUGGGAUGGUGUCUCAGCAGAGCCUCUCUAAUCCCAAGGGGAUUCACAGUUUGUUCAAUCUCAUCUCGAGGCGCAUCAGGAUGCAGGGUUUUCUGCAAAGUGAUUACUUGCACUUGUACCCACGCUUUUUGGAACAUGUUAUAGGUUACUACAAACAGGGCAAGAUUGUGUACGUUGAAGACGUAAGUGAAGGUCUGGCUAGUGCUCCUGCUGCUCUUGCUGGACUUUUUUCUGGCAAGAAUGUUGGUAAGCAAAUCAUUCGUGUUGCCCAUGAAUGAUUUACUGUUUCUUCUCUUCUCUUCCUUCCUUCCUUAAAGAGAUGCAGAGAAGCCAUGAUUUAUUUUGGACUGAACAGAGAAGCCAUGAUUUGACAUUAUUAAUUAUUAAAUUUGAGAGUAUUGGGACCAAUCUGAUCUAAUGAUCUCAUGGUCGUCGAUAAGCCGAAAAAUUAAACAGGACAUUUCACUGCUUCUCUUUC